AAUCCGCUAUCGGCUAUUAAAACGAUCUCGUAGAUUGCUUCUUCCUUCGGUUACCUUAGUUUUCAGAGAUUAUUUUGUGAGAUUUGAGACAAGAACUAACCACGACACUCAGCGAGCGAGCGAGAAAGAGAGAGAGAGAAUGGAAAAGGUGUUUAGAGAAAAUCAGAAAUCUGCCAUGGAUGCGUUCGAGAAGCUGGAAAAGGUCGGAGAAGGAACAUACGGGAAAGUCUACAGAGCGCGAGAGAAAGCCACUGGGAAGAUCGUAGCACUCAAGAAGACUCGCCUCCAUGAAGACGAUGAAGGAGUCCCGCCUACCACUCUACGGGAAGUUUCCCUGUUGAGGAUGCUUUCCAGGGAUCCCCAUGUCGUCAGAUUGUUGGAUGUAAAACAAGGCCAGAACAAGGAUGGGAAGACAAUUCUCUACCUGGUUUUUGAGUACAUGGAUACUGAUCUUAAGAAGUUCAUCCGAACCUUUCGCUCGACCGGAGAAACCAUGCCCCCUAAAACUGUCAAGUGCCUGAUGUACCAACUCUGCAAGGGCGUUGCCUUCUGCCAUUGUCAUGGAGUAUUACACAGGGAUCUGAAGCCUCACAAUCUUCUAAUGGAUCGUAAGACAAUGAUGCUUAAAAUAGCAGACCUUGGACUGGCUCGAGCAGUCACUGUUCCACUCAAGAAGUAUACACAUGAGAUCUUGACCCUGUGGUAUAGAGCUCCCGAAGUGCUUCUUGGAGCCACACAUUACUCAACACCAGUAGAUAUGUGGUCUGUUGGCUGUAUAUUUGCUGAACUGGUCACAAAUCAAGCACUGUUUCCUGGAGAUUCUGAACUGCAACAGCUCCUCCAUAUUUUCAGGUUAUUGGGUACUCCAAACGAAGAAGUGUGGCCAGGAGUAAGCAAACUAAUGAAUUGGCAUGAGUAUCCUCAAUGGAGCCGAAAAGAUCUAGCAUCGGUCGUUCCUAAUCUGGAUUCCAAUGGACUAGAUCUUCUCUUGAAAAUGUUGCAGUAUGAACCCUCAAAGCGGAUCUCUGCAAAGAAAGCUAUGGAGCAUCCAUACUUUGAUGAUCUUGAUAAAGCAUUCCUCUAAAGAUUUUGCAGCUUGUGCUCUGGAAUGAUUAAGAACUAGCUAUAGCUGAAAACUCUUUUUAAUGUAUUUUUUGCUUUCCUCAAGCAUUAUUAUGAUGCACCACCAAUGUUUGAAAGUAGUAGUUAAUUGGAGCUAUCAACAACCUGGUUGAAAUGACCUUUUGAUAUUUCUUUUUUUU